AUGGCUUCUCACGUUCUUCGCCGUUCUCUUGCUACUUCAGCUUCUUCCACUGUAAAGAUUGGUUUAAUUCCUGCUGACGGUAUUGGUAGAGAAGUUAUUCCUGCUGCCCGUCAAGUUCUUGAAUCAUUGACAUCGGGUCCCAAGUUUGAAUUUGUUGACCUUGAUGCUGGUUUUGAACUCUUUCAAAAGACCGGUACCUCUCUUCCUCAAGAAACCAUUGACACUUUGAAGAAUGAUUGCCAUGGUGCUCUUUUCGGCGCUGUCAGUUCCCCAUCCCACAAAGUCGCUGGUUACUCUUCUCCCAUUGUUGCUUUGCGCAAACAUUUGGACUUGUACGCUAAUGUUCGCCCUGUCAAAUCUGUUAACUCUCCUGCAUUCCCCAACCAAAAGUUGUUGGAUAUGCUCAUUAUCCGUGAAAACACUGAAUGUUUGUACAUCAAAUCAGAGAGAGAGGAGGUAGAUGCCAACGGUUUAAGAGUGGCAUGGGCUGAUCGCAAGAUCUCUGAAUAUGCUUCUCAACGUAUUGGUAAGAUGGCAUUCAACAUGGCUUUGACUCGCGAAAAGCUUCGUUCUCAAGUGCCUUUGGCCAAGCGUUUCUGGCAACACAACCCUCGCGUCACUAUUGUCCACAAGUCCAAUGUCUUGAGUGUCACUGAUGGUUUAUGGCGUGAAACUGUACGUGGCGUCAAGGAAAAGAAUGCUGAACUUUACAAGGGCGUGGACAUGGAAGAGCAGUUGGUGGAUUCCAUGGUAUACCGUAUGUUCCGUGAACCCGAGGCAUUUGAUGUUGUUGUUGCUCCUAAUCUCUACGGUGAUAUCAUUUCUGAUGGUGCUGCUGCUCUUGUCGGUUCUUUGGGUGUCGUUCCCUCUGCCAAUGUAGGUGAUCACUUUGUUAUGGGUGAGCCUGUUCAUGGUUCUGCCCCUGAUAUUGCUGGCAAGGGUAUUGCCAACCCUAUCGCCUCUAUUCGCUCUGCUGGUAUGUUGUUGGAACAUAUGGGUUAUACCUCUCAAGCUCUUAAGGUCUAUGAUGCUGUUGAUGCUGUUUUGGCUGAUGCCUCUAUUCUUACUCCUGAUCUUGGCGGCAAGAGCUCCACCAGUGAGGUCACUGAAGCUGUUCUCAAGAACCUUCGUGCCUAA